AUGGAUGCUGUGNAGGCUUGGCAAGACAAACAGAAAGUACUAGAAGACCAAGAGAAAGAAACUCUCAAAGUUCAGAGGGAUAGAGAAGAAAAGCAGUUUCAAGAAGAAGAAGAAAAAAGACACUGUUGGAUGAAACAAUUUGAAGUUGAAAAGAAGAAAUUAGAGAAUAUUCAGAAGCAAGAACAGGACAAGAUGAAUGAUGAACUUCAUAAAGAGGAGAAAAUAUGGAAGGAGAGAUUUAAACAGCACACGGAAUUUAUUAGAAACUUACAUUUACAAAUGGAAGAAGAAAGAACAAAAUUUAAAGACCUACAGGAAAAAGAAAAAAUGCGUUUGUUAAAACUGCAGCAUAAUGCAGCUGUAAAAAUUCAAGCUAAAUAUAAAGCAUUUGUGGCCUACCAAAAAUAUGGCCCAAUCAUAAAGGAACAAAUAGAAAGUAAGAAAAAGAAAGCACAAGAGUGGAAGGAAAAGGAAGCAAAAAUACGACAGAUAGAAGAAGAAAAACGGAAACGAUUAGAGGAGAAACAAAGGAUAGAAGAAGAGAUAGAAAAGCAGAUGCAAGAGGGAAGGAAAAGGAGAGAAAAAGAAUAUAUGGGGAAAAAGAACAUCCUGAGACAAGAAAGGGAACAAUUACUAAAGAUGGAAAAAUUGAUACUGAGAGAAGCUGCAAAAAAACAGCUAAUAAUAAGUAGAGCAUUAAAGAAGGGAGAAUAUAAUGCCAAACAUUUGACUAUUGAGGGUACAUCAAAGAAUAAGGAUGAUGGAGCCGAAAAGCUAGGGGGUGGAAAGUUAAAAAUGUGGGAAGCUGCUUCUCCUUGGUUAGCUGAAGAGUCAGAUAAGAGGAAAAAUGUAGAUAGACAGCUUGUAUUGAAAGAAUCGGUGCAAGUGCAAUUAAAAGAAUCUAUGUCAAGCCAAGCAAUCUGGGCAGUAUUUAAAGUGGAGGAAAAAAAUGAAAACCCAGCAGUACAGUGUUCACAAGAAUUGGUCAAGCAAAAAAGGAAUUAUGAAAACAUAGAUCAAAAAAAUAAAUUGGAAAACCUGCAUCUAAAAGAAAAUGUCAAAGAAGAGUUUCAACUGCAAGAAUUACAGUUUCAAGUACAAAAAGAGGAAGUCUUGAAACCUUCCAUAAAUGAGACUAUGAGACAAGAAACCCAAAUAAUAUUAGGAAAUAAUCAAGAAAUUGAUGAAGUAAAAGACAGUGAAUCACAGAAAAUAAUUGAUGAUAACCAACACAAUAAGAUGCAAAAAGUAGAAAAAGAAAUAUCAGGACAGUUUGGAACAUUGUAUGAAGAAAAUAAUAUAAAGGAAAUUUCAGUGGUUUCAAUGAAACAAAACCCCGUACCACUGAAAUUAGAAAAAUCUGAAGAUAUAGGGGAAAAUACAUUACUACAAGAAGAAGAAAUUGAUUUAAAAUCUAAAGAAGCAGAGGAAAACCCAAAAGGCUGUGCUCUGAAUAGUGACUUGGUUUUUAACACUAAUGAUGCUGUGAUAAAUGUAGAAGGCAAAAUAAGCAAGCAAAAUUAUAUUGUAGAUGCUCCUUGUGAAGAUUUGGGUGGCUAUAAUGCAAAAAACGAUUUGGUUUUUAAAGAAGUAAACUCUCUUAAGUCUCAGAUUCAAGAAAUUCCAGAAGAAUGUCAUGAAAAUACAGCUGAAUGUGAAAAUAAAGCGUCCUGCUCUGUGCCAGAGCCAACACUUCUGUCUUCUAUUGAAGAAAAGAGGCUAGCUUGGAUAACAUCAUUUAAACCCUGGUUUGAAAUUUUCAGGCAAAAUCAACAGAAGAAAAUUGUUAGAAGAAGGAGACUUAUAAAAUGCCCAGUCAACACGAUGCCCCCUUUGAAUGCACUAGAAAUUCUUCGGUGUGGUCCUUGGGAUACUUUACAGCAGGUUGCAACAAUAACAUUUCAAGAUUUGCCAGGUUGUAGUCUCUCCACACUGGCAGAGUGUCCAAAUCUGCAGUUUCUGUCUCUUCGACGCUGUGGAUUAACUUCCUUGCACAGUCUGAGUAACUGCAAAAAACUGAAGUACAUUGAUGCACAGGAAAACCAUAUUGAGACUAUCAACUGUGAAAAUUUGGAAAAUCUCUGCAUUGUUCUUCUUAAUAAAAAUCAAUUGACUUCUCUUCACGGUUUGGAUGGCUGCACCAAUAUCCAAAGUCUUGAACUUUCACAUAAUAAAAUCACUCGAAUUGGUGGCUUAGAAUCAUUGAAAAAUCUUCAGAAGCUAGUCGUGGACCAUAAUCAGUUAAUUAGUACAACAGGUCUUUGUGAUACACCUACCCUUAUAUACCUGGAUUGUUCAUAUAAUCAUCUUACUGAAGUUGAGGGCAUUGAAAACUGUGGAUUGCUGCAAAUACUGAAGUUACAGGGAAAUUAUCUAAGUGAGCUUCCAUUCUUGGGGAAUCACGUUCUUCUCAGAGAAUUGCACUUGAAUGAUAACAGCAUUUCAACUGUGGAAACAUUUUCUUCAUACUGGCUGCCUUUACUGCAAAUCCUGACUAUCUCUCAAAACAGCUUGACAAAAAUCGUACCACUUUUUCAUUUUGUUUCUUUGGAAAAACUGGAUGUCAGCGACAAUUGUCUUUCUGAUCUUACAAGUGCCAUAAAGUGGUUUGAUGCAUGCUUUUCUCUCCAUGAAUUGUCUCUUACUGGAAAUCCACUUCUUCAAGAAGUAAACUGGAGGCAUUCUCUACUUAAGAUAUUACCUGCUCUAAGAAUCCUGAAUGGUGAAAGGUUAACCUCUUAUUCAGAAAGUCACAGUGAAGAACACUAUAAACUAGAAUUGGAGCAUUUCCUGGAACACUGUCAGUCCCAAAUUAGAGAAUUUAACUUACUAAGUGAAAAAUAUAUUACUGGAGACAGAAAUAUUUUCACCUUGGAUGUUGCACAAAAUCUCUGCUAUUAUUUUAAGAAAUUGAUGACACUUAGUAACGAAUGUCGAUGUGUUCAUGAACAUGGGGAUGUAACUAUCACCAGGAGAGGUGAAUCAGAAGCCCAGCAAAAUUAUUUACCUCCUACACACAGUGAUAGCAUUCAGCAAAAUAGAGUUCUUUACUCUUUUGCAAAUGAAUAUAAACUGAACUCGCCAGAUAUUUCUGAGAAAUGGAUGGACUCUGGCCCUAGUCAUUUCUCAUCAACCAACCCCUCCUUAUGUGAAGAUACUAAAGAAAGAAAUCAGUUAGAAAUAGUAGAACAGAAAAGAGAAGAUAGCAAGACAAGCAGUUUCCCCAGCAAAACAAUACCGUUCAUUGAAACAGUAAGGACAAGGUUUCUGCUGAAGAACUGCCAGAAUACUGAACAUCAUGAAAAAAUUAUGGCAGCUCUGGUAAUCCAGGCGUACUGGCGUGGUUACAUUGUGCGCAGGCAGAUUCAUUUCUCUGCAGAGCUACACCCUGCUACAAUAGGACCCCUGACAUCCCAGCCAAAUUCUUGCAUCGAAAAACAAACUGUUUUAAAGAAAGAAAAAAUUAAAAAUACCGUGAAUAUCCAAGAACAGGAGGAGAAGGCUGCUAUUCUUAUUCAGGCAGUUUGGAAGGGCUUUCUUUUGCGAAAGAAACUGACAACAGCUCUAGAGUCUAUUAAGAAUGAAGAAUCUGAAGAAGAAUAUGAAGAAAUAGAUUUAGAAGAUUUUACAUUUGAUGAAGCUGCCUUAGAGAAGGAAUGGCUUGCUUUAGAUUCCGCCCGCUUCCCUUCACAAACACUGCUUCUUCCAAACCAGCUGCACUGGCCAAAGUUCUCUGGAAUCUUAAAAUGUGAUGAUACUUCACUUAAUUUACCAAGUCAUCCAGCUCAAGCAUGGCUAUGUAAUGAGAAAGAAAAUUUGCUUUCAUCAGAACACACACAAUUUAAUAGCAGAUCAGAAAGUAGAACUUUACCCAGACCACCUGAAGCAAAGACCAGCCGAAAGAGUCUGCUAAAGUCUGAAAAAGAAGAAAAAAUUUCAGAAGAAUGGGGUUUUAAGGAUAUUUCUACUGCUCAGCAGAUGCUGAAGAGAGCACAGAAAAUGAAAUCAAAGAAAUUAAGGAAAAAAUUAGAUCCCACUGUACGCCUGGCAUUAUUCAAAAACAAUGAAAAUAAAGUUUCUGUUACAAAACCACCAGAGAAAGCACAGCCCCAAAGAGAUGGUUUCUUUGAAGAUAAGGAAGAAUACUUUAUAUAUAAUACCACUGCAAAUGAAAAACUAGAAAGGAGUAAAGAAUAUACAUACCAGUGGCUUCAUACACAGGUUGGGGUUCUUGAAACGACUGGUUCCAGAAAUAUGAAAUGCAGUCACUUCUUGCCUGAGUUAGAUCCAGACGUACUUAAUGGUGGAAGAGUUCAGCUUGUGGCAAGACUUGUAAGCAGAGAAGACACGGAUUUAGACCUUUUUUCCAUGACCAGUGGAAGUGCUUCGUCUGUGAAGACAGAAAAAAAAAUUCAGGCACACAGACACUCAGCGGGAUCUUCAAGUUGCUCAAUUAAGGGAAUCCUUGCACCAAUGAUAGCAAAUACAAGAUCUUCUAAGAAAGAACGUAUAUCAUUCCGUGACAAUCCUGUACAACUCAGUGGUGGAUGGGGAAGUGGCAAAAAGAAGAUGAAAACUUCAAACUAAUCCUUCAAGCUUCAGCAUUCAAAACAUAUGGCACAUUGCUGCAAGAGAUCUGUGGCUGUCUGGUCAUGUUACCAACCGGAUACAAUGUUUUAGAGUACUGUAUUUAAUUUGUAUUAAUAUACAUAUUUCACAAUUCUAUUUCCUGGUGGACUUAUUUUCCAUAUGUAAAAUACAGUUAUGCUGUUGUUCCUGUGUUCAUGUGGGAUGAAUUCCAGAAGUGAAUUAUUGAAAUAUUGUAAUGGAAUUUGCAUAUCCAAUUUCUUUUUUAUUUAAAAUGCUUAUAACACAUGUACUAGAGAUGAUUUUUGUUACCAAUAAUAAAUUGUAAUACCAUAAAUACAUCAUAAGAAAAUAUAGCUAUACUUUAUUGGCCAUUUAUAGUAUUAAUGGGUUAUUAAUAUAUUAAUAAAUUUUAUUUGACUAUUACUAUAAUUGGAUAUUUCAAACAUAAAUUGUUAUAUAAAAGAAUUCAGAAUAGAAAAUGAAAAUAGAUUUUUUGUUUUACUUUGUAAUCUUAAAUAGAUUAGAGUUAAGGUAAAAAUAUAUAUGUUCCAUUUAAAUUUAGAUGACAUAGAUUUAAAUAUCAAUUAAUGAAUUGGAUAUUUUACCUGUAAUGUAUCUUUCUUACCAUUUAUUAAGGGUAAAUGCUUAUUCAAGUUCAUUAAUAAUAUUCUUCUGAUUCAAAAGUACUCUUAUAAUUUUUUAAGUGCCUUAAAAUAAUUAUUGUUAAAAAAUCUUUCCAAUGUUUUAAACCCUGGUCUUAUAAUUUUAUAAGGUUAAUAUAUUUUCUAAAGCUGCAGAUGAGUUUUAUUAAACUAUUCCUAUUGUGUGCUUAAUAUUCUGUGAUAUCUUAGCAAGUAGAAUAUGCAAAAUGCUGCAUUUACCUUUCAGACCACUUAGGAUCUUAACUCUCCUGAGUUUGGGGCUUUUUUCACAAAGCUAAAUUUUCAGUGACUUUUCAGUCUGUUGCUGUGUAAUAGGAUCCAGUGAACUUUUGGUUUGUCUUGCUGCUUUCCUUAUUCUUUAUUGAAAUGCUUCAUUUUGAAAUGAUUAGCAGAUUUAGAGAUUCAUUCAUUUAGUUUGCAUCCCUCAUCUACUUUUGGAGCUCUUUUGCAUCUCAAGCCUGUAAAUAUCUUUUAACUUGAUUGAGAUGGAAAUGUUAAUGAGCCUUGAGCUGUCAAUUGAUAAAGAAAACAUAAAUUCAUAUGUUGUGGCCUCGAAAUUGAGGCUUUGGAAGUAAGCUCCAUGUGUAAUUGUUUUGUGAAUGAUGUUAUGUCAUAUUUUUACUAAUAGCAUCCACAAACCAACAUAAUAUAAUGAUGGAAAAUAUUUUAUCUCAGCUUAAUGUGAGCCCUUCAAGAGAAAAACCACAUUAAAGCUGAUAUUGAUGGCGUUUUAUGGUUCAGAUGUGCAAUCAAUAAAGUGGAAAGGCUGGUAUGAAAAGUGAGAUGUUUAUGAUUAAACUGCUUUAGAGCCUAAAAUAAUUUAAUCUCUAGUUUCCUUAUUCUGUGAUCUGUGUAAUUGUUUCAUAAUAUUAAUUUAGAGGAAGAUGAUGGGUGUUGAUGCUCCUUAAAUUUGUAGGUUAUGACUCAUUUAUUUGUCAAUAAAAUAGUUUC